UCACGAUCUGAGCAUGCGCGCUGGAUCAGCUGUUGUGACAGAGUCGUUGCGAAGUAAAAAAAAGUAAAACUCGGACUGAUCUUUUUUAUUUUGGUUCGUCUCCGUUAAACCGCGAUGGCCGGUACCGCGCUGAAGAGACUCAUGGCGGAGUAUAAACAGCUGACCCUGAACCCACCUGAGGGGAUUGUUGCAGGUCCAGCCAAUGAGGAGAACUUCUUUGAAUGGGAGGCUCUCAUCAUGGGUCCUCAGGAUACCUGCUUUGAAGGCGGAGUGUUUCCAGCCGUCCUCAGUUUCCCCUCCGAUUAUCCUCUCAGUCCUCCCAAGAUGAGGUUCACCUGCGACAUGUUUCAUCCCAACAUCUAUCCAGAUGGGCGGGUCUGCAUCUCCAUCCUCCACGCUCCAGGCGACGACCCGAUGGGAUAUGAGAGCAGCGCAGAGAGGUGGAGUCCAGUCCAGAGUGUGGAGAAGAUCCUACUAUCUGUGGUCAGCAUGUUGGCAGAGCCGAACGAUGAAAGUGGAGCGAACGUCGACGCCUCUAAAAUGUGGCGGGAGGACAGAGAGCAGUUCUACAAACUCGCCCAGAAGAUCGUACGCAAGUCCCUGGGCCUUUAGAGAUGAUGUCAUCACCCUGUGACGGUGCCCAGCACUCUGUGUUUGUGUGUUCACGCCCUCUUCCCUCCUCCUCCGCUACUUCUCACCCAGAACAGAUUCGCAGCAUCGAUCAAUUAAGAUCUGAUCGUCUUCCUCGUCACCAUGGAAACCAAUAAAACAUACACACACAGAGUGCUCCCGAGAUGGACAGAUCGAUAAACUGAUGGAUGGCCAAUCAGAUGUCACAGAGGGUUGGAUCGAUCCACUAUCCAAAUGUUUAGGAACUUCAGAUUUACUAAAAGUCGACAAGAAAAAAAGUGUCAUGUGAUCAUUCUCACAGUGACAUCAUCACCUGUAUGGAUCGCUACACACCGACGGCAGUAGCGAGAGCAUUAUUAUUAUUAUUGAUCUUAUUAGUAGUAGUAGUAGUAUUAUUAACCUGAAGGAGGUUUAGUUUGCAUUAAAACACAGCUCACACUCUGAUGACGAUCAAUAGGAAAUAUACAGUAAUCAAUAAAUAUACCAAUAACAAAUCAAACCAGCAGCAGAUCAUAAUCGGAAACAUCCUGAGCUGAUAAAGAAGAAAUAUGAUGUUAAAGACGUGCAGGUGUUUCAGUGGCUAAAGGAAGGGCAGGUAAGGUUCAGUCGAGCCUUUCACAAUAAAGGUCUUGUUUAUUUCACAGACUGAAGAACAGAUUGAGGAAAUAAAACAGACGAGUUUCUGAACACGUCAGCAGAAUGCAGGUAAAUACUGUAAAUACUCAAAUCUGUCAGGUUAAAGAAGGUCAUGUUAAAAUCUCGCCGCGCACGAGACUUUCUUUACACGUGUAGUUGAAACACGAGUUAAAAUGUUUGCAUUUAUAGAACAAACUGUCCUCCUGCUGUCGGUGUGACGCUGUUUAUUCUCUGUGGCAUGGACGAACUCCUCGUUGGACUUGUUGCACUUUAUCUCUUCUACCCUGAGGACGGCGUUCGCCAUCAGAGGGCGAGCUCCGGUUGAUUUUACCUUUUUUUUUGUAGUUUUAAAUUAAAAGAAGAAGCUGGACGUUGUUGUUGGUCUGCUGGAAGAGUUUCUUUUAAUCAGCCUGAUCAAUACUUCAUUAAAACAAACUGAGGGAGGAACAACAA